AUGAGCAUUUAUUUCAAUUUUAAGACUAUAUUCUAUAGCAAUUUUGGCUUGCAAAAUGAUACCUGGAUAGGACUGACUGAUCUUCGCAUAUCAGAAUCGGAAAAUCAAGCUCAGUGGAUUAAUGGCCAGAUAGCAAACACAUCUAAUUUACAACCAGGUCAACCUGAUGGCGCAACAGAAGAUUGCUAUGCGAUUAAUGGAACUGGAAAUCAAGAAUGGUUUGAUGAUUACUGCAAUAAAUUGAAAUAUUUUGUAUGUGAGAAAGUUUGUAAUGAUUCUCACAUUCAGUACGAAAAUCGACACUUUUUUGUCUAUGAAUCUUGGAAUUACACCGAAGGAGGAGAUUUUGCAAUGCUAGAUAAUGCUGAGAUAAAUAAUGUCUUCAAUCAUUAUUUAUAUUUAUGGUCCUCUUCGAUGUGGAUGGGACUGAGAGAUAUUAAUAACGAAGAUAAUAUAAAUAAAUUUGUUUGGGUUGAUGGUACUUUGGCCGAUACAUAUACAAAUUGGGGUGCCUAUAUACCAUUAUCAGAUCGAGAUUGUGGUCUUAUGGCAAGAAUUGGUCAGGAUUAUAAAUGGCUAAACCUUGCAUGUAAUAUAUUUUUGGCAUCACUUUGUGAGUUCGAAUCAGCUUCUACACCAGUCUCACCUACUUCUGCUCCUUCUGCUAUUACUACAGUGCUUUCUCACUACUAUAAACAAAUGGAUAUUGAAGCUGAAUAUACAGGUGCGACGGAUAUUGGUAGAAUUUGA